GUCUGAGCCCGCCCUGGGGGCUGCCAAGGUGCGUCUCCAGGCUGACGCGGUCGCCUGGGGCAGAGCGAGUAGGACGCGCCGCCUGCAGUGCUGACUGGUGCUCUUUAUUUACUAGGAAACACUGUUUCCCCGCGGGAGAGUCCGGGAACGCGCAGGCACACACACAUACACACGCGCGCACACACACACACACACACAUAUACACACACACACACACACACAUGCGCGCUCGCGCUAGCGCGCUCGUUCUUCACAACUGCCUCGCCAAACUGGCAGAGCGAAGCUACUGCGGUUUCUCUUAACCUCAGCAUCGUGGGGCGAAGCAGAGCCAUUGUGCAUCAGGGAGAGCCCGGUGCCUGCGCUGCAGCCUCGGGUACUUAACCCAGCAGACCGCUCGCCCCAUCGGCUGGAAUGCUUGCUGACUCCUAUACAAACCUGUAAGGCCAAGACCCUAAGGAACCAGUUGGAGAAUGCCGUCUGAACGCUGCCUCAGUAUUCAAGAAAUGCUGACAGGCCAGAGGCUCUGCCACUCUGAAUCUCACAAUGACAGUGUUCUGGCAGCGCUGAAUCAGCAGAGAAGUGAUGGCAUUCUCUGCGAUGUCACCCUGAUUGCGGAGGAACAGAAAUUCCAUGCUCACAAGGCAGUCCUAGCAGCAUGCAGUGACUAUUUCCGGAUUUUGCUGGAGCCAGGCGCGAUCCAGGAUGUGUUAGCUGCUGGCAGUCACCUGCAGCUGUUGGAGCUUCUCAAUCUAUGUUCACAUUAUCUAAUCCAGGAAUUAAAUAGCUUUAAUUACUUGGAUCUGUACAGACUUGCUGACCUCUUUAACCUCACUUUGUUGGAGAAGGCAGUGAUCGAUUUCUUAGUGAAGCAUCUCUCUGAACUCCUGAAGAGUCGCCCUGAAGACGUUCUAACGCUUCCUUAUUGUCUGCUUCAGGAGGUCCUCAAAAGUGACCGUCUCACAUCCCUGAGUGAAGAGCAGAUCUGGCAGCUAGCUGUGAGGUGGUUGGAACACAACUGUCGUUACCAGUACAUGGAUGAGCUUCUGCAGUACAUCCGCUUUGGCCUCAUGGAUGUGGAUACUCUCCAUACAGUUGCCCUGUCCCACCCCCUGGUCCAAGCAAGUGAGACUGCAACAGCACUUGUCAACGAGGCCCUGGAGUACCACCAGAGCAUCUAUGCACAGCCCGUCUGGCAGACAGGCAGGACCAAACCACGGUUCCAGUCAGACACUCUGUAUAUCAUUGGUGGGAAAAAGCGUGAGAUCUGUAAAGUCAGGGAACUUCGGUACUUCAACCCUGUUGAUCAGGAAAAUGCUCUCAUAGCUGCUAUAGCCAACUGGAGUGAGCUGGCUCCCAUGCCCGUGGGAAGGAGCCACCACUGUGUGGCAGUAAUGGGAGACUUUUUGUUUGUAGCAGGAGGGGAAGUUGAGCAUGCCAGUGGCCGGACGUGCGCUGUAAGGACUGCCUGUCGCUAUGACCCCCGCAGUAACUCCUGGGCAGAGAUUGCGCCCAUGAAAAAUUGCCGAGAGCAUUUUGUGCUUGGUGCCAUGGAUGAGUACCUCUAUGCGGUUGGGGGCAGGAAUGAACUACGCCAAGUUCUGCCUACAGUUGAGCGAUACUGCCCCAAGAAGAACAAAUGGAUGUUUGUGCAGUCCUUUGACCGAUCCCUUUCAUGUCACGCUGGACAUGUGGCUGAUGGUCUUCUUUGGAUAUCAGGUGGAGUAACCAACACCGCACAGUAUCAGAAUAGACUAAUGGUAUAUGAACCUAACCAGAAUAAGUGGAUAAGCCGUAGCCCUAUGCUGCAGAGAAGGGUAUAUCAUUCCAUGGCUGCUGUCCAAAGGAAGCUUUAUGUUCUUGGAGGCAACGACCUAGACUACAACAAUGACCGCAUCCUUGUGCGGCAUAUAGAUUCUUAUAACAUAGAUACUGACCAGUGGACACGUUGUAAUUUCAACCUGUUGACAGGCCAAAAUGAAUCUGGAGUUGCUGUCCAUAAUGGGAGAAUAUAUUUAGUUGGAGGAUAUUCGAUUUGGACAAAUGAGCCUCUGGCUUGUAUCCAGGUCCUGGAUGUAAGUAAGGAAGGCAAAGAAGAAGUAUUCUAUGGGCCUACCCUUCCCUUUGCUUCCAAUGGGAUAGCAGCAUGCUUCCUUCCAGCUCCGUAUUUCACAUGCCCUAACCUCCAAACUCUUCAAGUGCCUCAUCAUAGGAUUGGCACCAUCUGACAAGCCUAUGCUCUGCUGACAUUCACCACGAACAGGAGCAAAAACAAAGGCUGGACUUUGGCCACUGGACUUUGGCCAUGAAAAGACUCAGUGCUCAACGCUUCCUUGUCUUGCUUUAUAGGUAAUAUGUCAGAUAAACAUUAGCAAAAAAUGAACAAUUUUCUAAGGUAUGUUAUUAAAACCUCCUGUCACCCUUCUCAUUGUAUGUCAACAUACAAUAUGUAUGACUUUUAUUUUACUAUGAUAGAGGUUAGUGCCAACUUGAUGGUUCAUUAUUGUUUCAUGGGUCUUUAGAGCAUUCUUUGUAUACUUUUUGUAAUCACUGCUGUCUAGGAUAAAAUGAUACUGUUAGUAAGGCAAUUUAUUUCACAC